AAACAAGCUCUCUCUCUCUCUCUCUCACAUCCAUGGCGUGCUCCCGAACCCCCGCGAUCGCCGCGAUCUCCUCCGCAAUCCUCGUCGUCGUCGUCGUCUUCGUCUCCGUCUCAAGUUCCGUCUACGCGCGGAAAUGUCGGCGGUUGGCCGCGCGAAUCCGCGAGCUCGAGGCCUCUCGCGGAGCGGCGGGGGCGGGUUAGGGCUCAACAGGCGUUGAGGGAGGCGUUGGCUCAACGCAAUGGCGAUGGGUCGAGGAAGGCGAUUUCAUCGUCGGUGUACCCGAUGAAUCCCAUUGGCGUGGUGCAAUCCUGCUUCUCCACAAGAAAUGGCACUCCUAGACAACCUUUACUUGUUCCGCUUGCUAGAGCAUGCUUGGUACUUGACCCAACUCGUGUUCCUGCAGAAGGGCUUGAAGGCCUCGCUGACUAUUCACACUGUUGGAUCCUUUAUGUAUUUCACUUGAACACUGACCUUGAUAAACUGUGGAAAGAACCUUCGAGAUCCAAGUUCAAGGCGAAGGUGAGAGUGCCUAGACUAGAAGGUGGAAAGAUGGGAGUCCUUGCUACUAGAUCUCCACAUCGGCCUUGUCCCAUUGGUCUCACUGUUGCAAAGGUGGAGGCAGUAGAUGGACAUUCAAUUUUACUAUCUGGAGUAGAUUUGGUUGAUGACACGCCAGUGCUUGAUAUCAAACCCUAUCUGCCAUACUCUGAUAGUGUCGAAGGUGCAACUGUUCCUAAUUGGGUAAAGGGAGAUAAUAAAUUAGCUGUCAGAUCUGUUAGCUUUUCCCCAGAAUUCGCUUCUUCUCUUUCCAGUUGCUGGGUGCACACCCAAAAGCAAUCGUUAUAUGCCUCUGCGGACGAGUUUCGGAGCUUUAUCGAGGAGGUGCUUGCAUGGGAUAUUAGGUCACUGUCUCAGAGAAGCCGCCCCCACAGCGUUGACAUGAGAAGUGAGGACCAUGGGAGUUACGGCGAUCUUGAGGAGGAUGAUCAGGAUGAAAGGCUUUGUGAUUUAAGUCGCGACUCACAUGCGGAUGUCAUAUAUCACCUACUUCUCGAGGGAAUCGAUGUUUCGUAUAGAAUAGAUGAAAAAUGUAACGUCGUUGUCGAAAAGGCCACUCUUGUCUGUAAUGUCGGAGACCGUAGUAGCCGCGGUUACUUCAUGUGGAGAGACAAACUUGAACAGAAAAAAUGACUAGCCCCUCUUUCAACUCAUUUCUUGAGAGGAAGUAGUAAAGCUUGUUAAGAAAACAUUUUACAGUA